UCGCCCCCGCCCGCGCCACGAGGCGCCCCCUCCCCGCUGCGCGCUUCCUCUCCUCUCACCGUUUCGUACGAUACGCCGUUCCCUCUACCCUUUCCACCCCAUCGUCUGUCUCUCUUCCUUCUCCGCCACAUACGAUGGAUCCGAUGAGAUGGAUCCAAAUCUCAUCAAAUCUGCCCUCUCCUCUCACCGUUUUGUACGGAAUCCGAAAGCUUUUAGAUGAGACGUGCAGUGGCAAAAUGGUCAACGAAUGGGUUUUUUAGAUUAUGGUUGGUUCAUCAAAAGAUUACUUUGAACCAUCAAGUCCCCUACUUUGUUCUUUUCAACAGCUCCCAUUAGCAAAGCCGAAGCCAAUGAUGUUAUAAACCCCAAUAGCCUGCCGCAUCUUUGCCUUCCUCUGCUCUCUACCAACCUUUCAUCGAUCAUUUGUCGUAAUUACUACCCGUAGUAGAGGACGAGGAGGAGGAUCAGAGGAGGAGGAUCAGACUCAGAGGAUCAGAGAGGAUUGAGGAGGCGUAGGGGAUGGCGAGGUCGAGCGCGGACGACGUGGAGUUGCGGCGGGCGUGCGAGGCGGCGAUCGACGGGGGCGGGGGGAAGCAGAAGGUGGUUCUGUGCAUCCGCGUCGCCAAGAGCCGCGGCGUCUGGGGCAAGGCCGGCAAGCUCGGCCGCCAGCAGAUGGCCAAGCCCAGAGUCCUUGCCCUCACCACCAAAUCAAAAGGCCAGCGGACUAAAGCUUUCCUUCGAGUUCUGAAAUAUUCUACUGGAGGAAUUCUUGAGCCGGCGAAGAUUUACAAACUGAAGCAUCUUUCAAAAGUGGAGGUUAUUCAAAAUGAUCCCAGUGGUUGUACCUUUAUGCUGGGAUUUGAUAACCUUCGAAUGCAAAGUGUUGCACCUCCUCAAUGGACGAUGCGCAACAAAGAUGACAGGAACCGGAUUCUUAUGUGCAUUUUAAACAUGUGCAAGGAGAUAUUAGGUGGUAUCCCUAAAGUUGUUGGUAUAGACAUUGUCGAGAUGGCUCUAUGGGCAAAGGAAAAUACUCCCGCAAAAACUAGUCAAGUGGCAACUAAAGAUGGACCAGCAACAUCUGUUAUGACAGAGAAUGACUCACAAAUUACUGUCGAAAGAGAUCUUGUUUCACAAGCUGAAGAAGAGGACAUGGAGGCCCUUCUUGGCACGUAUGUUAUGGGCAUUGGUGAAGCAGAGGCAUUUUCAAAAAGAUUGAAGCGGGAGCUUCUAGCUCUGGAAGCUGCAAAUGUCCAUGCCCUUUUGGAAAGCGAGCCUAUAGUAGAAGAGGUACUUCAGGGUCUAGAAGCAGCUAGUAUAUGUGUGGAAGAUAUGGAUGAGUGGCUUGGUAUUUUCAAUGUGAAGCUUAGACAUAUGAGAGAAGACAUUGAAUCGAUAGAAUCUCGUAACAAUAAGUUGGAGUUGCAAUCGGUAAGUAACAAAGUGCUUAUUGAGGAGCUCGAUAAGUUACUUGAGCGCUUACAAAUACCUUCAGAGUUCGAAGCAGCUCUAACUGGAGGUUCAUUUGAUGAGGCAAAUAUGAUUAAGAACAUUGAAGCCUGUGAGUGGUUAACUGGUGCGAUAAAGAAUAUUGAAGUGCCAAAUUUGGAGCCAUGCUAUGCAAAAUUACGAGCUGUCAAGGAAAAACGUGCCGAAUUUGUGUUGCUGAAGUGUACAUUUGUUCGGCGGGCAUCAGAAUUUCUAAGAAAUUACUUUCCUAGUUUAAUUGAUUUUAUGAUAAAUGACAAGAGUUAUUUUUCUCAGCGAGGACAGCUGAAGAGGCCUGACCAUGCUGAUCUUAGAUACAAGUGCAGGAUAUAUGCACGACUUCUGCAGCACAUAAAGUCUCUGGACAAGAAUUGUCUGGGACCACUGAGGAAAGCGUACUGCCAUUCUCUUAACCUGCUACUCCGUCGAGAGGCCCGUGAAUUUUCUAAUGAACUUCGUGCUAGUACAAAGGUAUCAAAGAGUUCUACUGUUUGGCUUGAGGGCCCUCCAGGUUCAAGUCAGACAACUAAUAGUGCUGAUAGUUCUUCAGCUUCUGAAGCAUACUCAAGGAUGCUCACAGUAUUUAUUCCUCUUCUCGUAGAUGAGAGCUCUUUCUUUGCACACUUCAUGUGUUUUGAAGUGUCUGCACUUGCUCCAUCUGAGUCCUUUGGCAGUAACAAAUUUGGAUCUGAUGGCACAGAAACAAAUCUAGCUGCUCACACUGGAAGUGAUGUCAAGCACAAGAAUAAUUCAAAUGAAUUGGAAAUUCUAAAUGAAUGUCUUCGAGAGUUGCUUGACGGAAUCCAGGAAGACUUCUAUUCUGUGGUAGAUUGGGCAUGCAAAAUUGAUUCGCUUUGUUGCAUAUCGAUGCACGGUAUCACAGACCGCUAUCUUUCUACUCAAAAAGCUGAUGUAGCAGGAUUUGUUCGUGUGUUGCUUGAUGACCUAGAGACCAGAGUUUCCAUGCUCUUCAGCAGGUUUGUUGAUGAUGCUUGUUAUCAGAUUGAGAAAUAUGAAAAGAAUGUGCGACAAAUGGGAGUUCUACCAUAUAUACCAAGAUUUGCUACGCUGGCAACACGUAUGGAACAGUAUAUACAAGGGCAAUCUAGGGAUUUGGUCGAUCAAGCAUAUACAAAAAUUGUCAGCAUAAUGUUCGUUACCUUGGAGAGGGUUGCACAAGUGGAGCCAAAGUAUGCCGAUAUCGUGCUAUUGGAGAAUUAUGCAGCUUUUCAGCACAGUCUCUAUGAUUUAGCUAAUGUUGUGCCAACACUUGCUAAGUUCUACCAUCAAGCAAGUGAAUCCUAUGAACAAGCUUGCUUGCGCCAUAUUAAUAUGGUCAUCUACAUUCACUUUGAGAAAUUAUUCCAGUUCGCAAGAAGAAUUGAGGAAUUGAUGUUCACAAUUGCUCCUGAGGAGAUCCCAUUCCAAAUUGGAAUGUCAAAGAUGGAACUUCGAAAGACACUAAAAUCCAGCUUAUCAGGACUUGACAAGACCGUAAGUGCAAUGUAUAGGAAACUACAGAAGAAUUUAACUGCAGAAGAGUUGUUGCCUUCAUUGUGGGAAAAAUGCAAGAAAGAGUUUUUGGACAAAUAUGGAAGUUUUCUUAAACUGGUAGCAAAAAUAUAUCCAAAUGAGACCGUCUCCUCGGUGGCCGAGAUGAGAGAACUCCUUAGUACAAUGUAGGAGAUUGCUCCAGGUUUUUCAUCAUCCUCAAGGUUGGAUAAGCUUAAUUUGUUUUUCAUUGAUUGGUGUAAGUUCCUUUCUGCUUUGCUUUCUAGUUGAUAUACUUGGUUUUGAACAGCCUUACAUCCAAUCGUCUCGUCUGAACUGAUGCAGGUAUAUUACUUUGGAAGAAGCUAAUGCAGUACCUGCAGGUAGCACUUGGAAUUCUUUAAUUCUUUUAAUUCUUUCUUUCUUUCUUUUCAGUUCUUGUUUUUUCCCUAAAUGAGGUUCUCAUUGAGGUGCAUGCAAUCCAGUCAAUUUGGUUGGCAGGAACUGUCUAUCCUUUGUAUUAUCUCAUUAGAUUUUUGAAGCAGAUGACUGAGACGAACAGAUUCUUUAGUUCAUAAAGUUAAAAAAAAUAUAUUCAGUGGCGACGGAUAUGAAACUACAAUUA